AAGUGUGAGAGCAUCAUGGUGGCGUUUAAAGGAGUCUGGACUCAGCCCUUCUGGAAAGCUGUUUCGGCAGAAUUUUUGGCCAUGCUCAUUUUUGUCCUCCUCAGUCUCGGCUCCACGAUCAACUGGGGUGGAGCAGAGAGGCCCCUGCCUGUAGACAUGGUCCUUAUCUCCCUCUGCUUUGGACUCAGCAUUGCAACCAUGGUGCAGUGCUUUGGACACAUCAGCGGAGGCCACAUUAACCCUGCUGUCACCGUGGCAAUGGUCUGCACGAGGAAGAUCAGCCUCGCCAAGUCCGUCUUCUACAUUCUUGCCCAGUGCCUGGGAGCCAUCGUGGGCGCAGGCAUCCUCUACCUCGUCACACCGCCAAGCGUGGUAGGAGGCCUGGGAGUCACUGCGGUACACGGGGAUCUUUCUGCUGGCCACGGACUCCUGGUGGAGCUGAUAAUUACAUUCCAGCUGGUUUUUACUAUUUUUGCCAGCUGUGAUUCAAAACGAAGUGAUGUCACUGGUUCAGUAGCUUUAGCAAUUGGAUUUUCUGUUGCAAUUGGACAUUUAUUUGCUAUCAAUUACACUGGUGCCAGUAUGAACCCUGCUCGAUCAUUUGGACCUGCUGUCAUCAUGGGGAGAUGGGAAAACCAAUGGGUAUAUUGGGUGGGACCAAUAAUAGGAGCAGUCCUUGCUGGUGCUCUUUAUGAGUACGUCUAUUGCCCAGAUGUUGAACUCAAGCGCCGUUUUAAAGAUGUCUUCAGUAAGGCUACCCAGCCGUCCAAAGGGAAGUACAUUGAGGUGGACGAUAACAGAAGCCACGUAGAGACCGAUGACCUGAUCCUGAAGCCUGGCAUAGUUCAUGUGAUCGAUAUCGACAGGGGUGAGGACAAGAAGGGAAGAGAUCCAUCCAGUGAGGUGUUGUCUUCUGUAUGACUAGCAAGAAGCACUGAAAGCAGAGAGCAGCCUGCUAGCACGUCCACAGAUAUCCUUCCACCUAUUAAAGAAACAGAUCUCCUCUAGACUGAGCAUCUACCAUUUCUUAAAAGAUAUGGUGUGGGCAGCUGCAUGGUAGUGGUGUCACCAAACCGUACGCCUGCUCAGUUGGAAGAUUAGGACUUUGCUAUAAUUAGG